AAACAAAGACUGUUUCUUUUCUGUUUGUUAAUUAUUAUUAUAUUUCCCAUUAAUUCAAGCUAGUAAUUCUAAAAUGUCUCAAUUAAGUACUAAAGAAAAGCUCCUUUACAUAAUUGACGACAUGGAAUUGAUUGCAAAAGAAAUAAUCGAAAAUGCCAUUGCCCCUAAAACCAACAAACUAAGCGGACCAGAAUACGCCCAACUAACAGAAUUACUAGUGGCCAAAGACAAUGAGCUAAAAGACACAUUAAAUUUAGCAAAAGAACAGGGCCAAAUCAACAAAACAAUGGACCUUUUAAAGGCCGAAGUGGAACGCCAAGACCAAGACAUCAACCACUUGCAAAAGCAACUAAAAGAAGCCGAACAAAUUCUAUCUACUGCCAUUUAUCAGGCCAACCAAAAACUCCAAAGCAUCGCUCGUGCCAAAAAACGUCCAGUUUCCUCUGAAGAACUCAUCAAAUUUGCCCACAGAAUCAGUGCUUCGAACGCAAUUUGUGCCCCAUUGACUUGGCAACAAGGCGAUCCUAGAAGACCUUAUCCCACUGACAUUGAAAUGAGGCUAGGGAUGUUAGGAAGGCUCAGUGAUCCAAUAAAUGGGCACAUGCUUCAACAAACUUCUAUGAGUGAUUUGCAUAGAGCUGGACAUCCAGGAGAAAUCCCUGCAUCAAAUCAGAACCAAUUUGCUUGGCACCCGUCAGGUGAAAUGCAUAUAAGUGUUGGGCAAGGUACUGUUGCAAUGGAUACUCGUAAUCAUAAGCAGGAAAAUGAAGAUGUUGAAGUCAUGUCUACGGACUCGAGCAGCAGCUCUUCAAGCGAUUCUCAAUAGCAUAUUAAAGUUAGAAGAUAAUAACUAUUAGGGCACUUUUCCAAAUUCACUGGUUUCUUUUAAUAGUUUAUUCACCAAACUGUUCCAAAAUGAACCAACUUUUUACUGGUUGAACCAGAUCGUCCGUUCCAAAAUUGACAGCUUUUUGAAACUGGUGAGGCACCAGGAUCUACUGGGAAUUUUUGUCGGUUUUUUUGAGUGCAGGUUUAUUGACGUACAUCAAUUGCUUUGAAUGGGCACUAUCGGCAGUCGUUCGUUAAAUUGUCACAACACAACCAUCACAACUAAACUUUAACACACCAUACCGUUCCAAAAUGCAUCAGAAAAAUCUUGUAACUGGACUGUCACCUAACUUUUACCGGAAUUUUUUGACAGCUACCGGUUUAUUUAACCGGUAAAUUUAUCGGUGAAAUUUGGAAAGUGCUUUUAUUGUGAAUUUUUAGGUUUUAAGCUUCAUUUUAUUGGUGGAUUUUUUUGCAAAUAAAAUAAUUUUUUUUGACUCUCA